UCGUCCAUCUGAUGUCAUGUGACCAAUGCAGAAGUGACUUGCAGGUCUAGUCUCGGUCACAAGAUAAUUGGGGAUUUUAGAACCUGAGUGACUUCUCUUCUGUCUUGUUUAGCCUACUAAAACGCAAAAAUAAAACCCAGGCAAUACUGGUAUUCCUGAGACCAUUUUUAAAGAAUGGCCAUCUCAGCAUUCCCGAUGUUGGUUGGCACAUCGCUCCUAAUGCUGCUGCCUUCGUCCAGCUUAGCCAAGGACUCCAACGUCACUGUGCCACUGGUGAUCUGGCAUGGCAUGGGUGACAGCUGCUGCAACCCACUCAGCAUGGGCUCCAUUAAGAAGAUGGUGGAGCAGGAGGUGCCAGGCAUCUAUGUGCUCUCUCUCAUGAUAGGGAAGUCAAUAAUACAGGACACAGAAAAUGGCUUCUUCAUGGAUGUGAAUGAGCAGGUGGAAUUUGUGUGUAACCAGCUGGCACAGGACCCCAAACUGAAGGAUGGCUACAAUGCCAUGGGUUUCUCUCAGGGAGGCCAGUUCCUGAGGGCAAUUGCCCAGAGAUGCCCAUCUCCUCCCAUGAAGAACCUGAUCUCAGUGGGGGGGCAACAACAGGGAGUGUAUGGUCUUCCACGAUGCCCAGGGGAGACCUCCCACCUCUGUGACUGGAUCCGCAAGAAGCUCAACUCUGGGGCCUACACAGACCUCGUGCAGAAACAUUUAGUGCAGGCCCAGUACUGGCACGACCCUCUCAGUGAUGACCUCUAUAAGAAACACAGUCUCUUCCUUGCCGACAUCAACCAGGAGAGGGUGCUGAAUGAGACAUACAAGAAGAACCUGAUGGCUCUGGAGAAAUUUGUCAUGGUCAAGUUCCUGAAGGACACCGUAGUGGACCCAGUGGUCACUGAGUGGUUUGGAUUCCUAAAGACAGGCCAAGCUGUGGAGACUGAGACUCUACAGGAGAGUGUACUUUAUAAGGAGGACCGUCUCGGGCUGGCACAGAUGGAUAAGGCCGGUAAGCUGGUGUUCCUGGAGAGCGAUGGAGACCACCUGCAGUUCACCAGAGAGUGGUUCACAGCCAAACUCCUACCAUACCUUCUCUGAACACACUCGCAUACAUGCUCACACACACACACCUCUUGCUGUCAACAGACUUCAGUUGCUAUUUGCACAUUCUGAUACUCACUCUUACAAUUUGAGUCACUCAUUCACUAUCUUUUAUGUCUCUAUACAUGACUCCUGUUACCAGCUGUAUGCACACAUACAGGUUUUAAUUGCACUGAAUCCUAGCCAAGAAUUUGGAGUCUGCUUUGCUGAUUUGCUGGACUCCCAACAAUCAUGUUUUUCUUUACUGAAAUAUGUAACUAAACUUAACUGAUUAGGGUAGUGUUAUUUUUUAUGCCAAUGAAAUUGUUUGCUUGAAAUGUAUUUUCUUUUAAUAAAUGACCCUUACUCCUA